CUCCCCCUAAAAUGCAACAACACUCAUCUUUCCAAUUAAUUAAGGAAAAACGUAAGGCUCUUUUUAUUUUCUAAAUUUAUAAAAAGAUGUCGCUAGCUAUCGCAGAUGUUUACACGGUGAGGAAGUUUCAUAGAGAGAGUAUGAAGAAGCAUUCCAAACCUGCGGUGGUUAUCGGCGAGGGAGACGAAAAGAUGGUCGGAGGAGAGCUCCAGGAGGUCAUGAAACCGCCGGUGAAACAGAGUGGGUCUAGAAGAUUCGGAAGGUGGUUUGUUGGAAAGUCAGGAGUGAAGAAAAGCUCUGCUAAAGUUUCUGACCCCACGGCGAUUGAGUGAUCAAGACGAACAAGAAAACGUUCUCUUAGCUUAUUUUCUUUUUGUUUUAUUUUCAUGCGUCUUUUUUAAGUUUAUUCUCUUUCAUUUUACCGUGUGAUUGUAAUUUUAUAAAUAGUUGGUAAACGUUGUAAAUUAUGAAUUUAAAUAUGAGCAAAAACAUAUAUAUGUAGAGUGUGGCUUUUG